AUGGAUAAUAAAUUUUCUCGUUUACAAAAUUUUGUUAAUGAAUCAAAAACUGGUCAUUCACAUGCAAACAAUAAUAAGGAUGAAAAUGAACAAACAUCAUCACGAAAUGUAUUUCAAAUGAAUAUAAAUCGUUUAAAAAAUUUUUUUAAUAAACAUUCAAAUUCAUCUAAUGAUAAUUUAUCAUCAAAUACAGAUGAUAUUCAAGUAUUAUUACAAAAAGGUGAUAAUGAUCCAAUUCUACCAUCAUUAACACGUAAACAACGUAUACUUGGAUUUAUGAUGUGUAUUGCUAUGGGUCUAUUAUGUAUGGCAUUAGCCACACUUUACAUUCCUGUAAUUAUAUUGAAAGCAAGAAAAUUCGCAGUACUUUUCUCAUUUGGUAGUUUAUUCUUUCUUUCAAGUUUUUCAAUGUUAUGGGGUCCAGUAAAUCAUUUUAAACAUUUAACAAAUAUUGAUCGUUUACCAUUUUCUAUUACUUAUGUAAUUACUCUUAUUGGUACAAUUUAUUAUUCUGUUUGGAUUCGAAGUUAUUUCUUUACUAUCAUAUUUGUUCUAUUACAACUUGGUGCUCUUGUUUGGUAUAUUGUCUCAUAUAUUCCUGGUGGUACACAUGGUCUGAAAUUUUUCUCAAAACUUUUUUAUACAUUUGUAUCAAAAACUGUGACAACAACUUUAACCGUUUAG